UCUUCCGUGAUAGGAACGUGUGAACCACGAAGGUAUGAAAGAACAUAUUGGAAUGAAAGUCAGCUGCAACGCUGAUCUACAAACUGACUACAUUUGUCAAAUUCACAUGGAAACACUACAAAAAACCACACUUUUGACACGCAAAUCAUUUCGAAGCAAAGAAGGAACGGCCGGAGGACCAGCUAUGUCCGUUUUCCACUGAUCACCGUCCGUUUAUAACAUAAGACAUGAACAAUCAGUGUACCAGUUUAAACUGUCAUGACGUGGACAUAAAAAGUGACUUCCUUAUGGACCUGGACGGUUUUAUCGUGAGGCUUAUCGAAAUGCGGGGAGCUCGCUGCGCUAAGAGCACUUUGACGGAAGGCGAGGUGACGAUCCUCUGUCAAAGAUCUAGGGAGAUUUUACUCGAGCAGCCCUCGUUGUUGGAGUUGGAAGCGCCUCUCACGAUUUGCGGAGACAUCCACGGCCAGUUCACGGAUCUGCUCCGGCUGUUCGACAUCUGCGGCUAUCCUCCGGAGGCCAAUUACCUCUUCCUCGGCGAUUACAUCGACAGGGGCAAGCAGUCUUUGGAGACGAUCUGUCUGCUGCUCGCCUACAAAAUAAAAUACCCGGAGAACUUCUUUCUCCUGAGAGGCAAUCACGAAUGCGCCUGCAUCAACAAGGUGUACGGCUUCUUCGACGAGUGCAAGAGGAGGUUCAACGUGAAGAUGUGGAAGACGUUUUCGGACGUGUUCAACUGCCUGCCGAUCGCGGCCGUCGUCGACGACAGGAUAUUCUGCUGUCACGGAGGGCUGAGCCCGAACCUCUACAAGCUGGAGCAGAUCAGGAGGAUAAGAAGGCCGACGGAAGUCCCCGAGGCGGGAAUUCUCUGCGAUCUAUUGUGGUCCGAUCCUGACAGGGACGUCAUCGGUUGGGGCGAAAACGAGAGAGGCGUGUCCGUCUCGUUCGGUGAAAACGUCCUCCUGGACUUCCUCCAAAAGCACGACUUGGACUUGGUCUGCAGAGCGCACCAGGUCGUCGAAGACGGCUACGAAUUCUUCGGAAACAGACGGCUCGUCACGAUCUUCUCAGCGCCCAACUAUUGCGGCGAAUUCGACAACGCUGGCGCUAUGAUGAAAGUCGAUUCCUCUUUGAUGUGCUCAUUCCAAAUAUUAAAACCUCAUAUCAAAUCAAAAAACGAAAAAAGCAAAAUCAAUCCGUUAUAAAAUACAUCUACACUUGUGUUUUUGAUGUCCGAUUACGACACUAGUUUAUAAAAACGAACUGUCUGUGUUUUGUACCUACCUUUUACCUGUUUUCCCGUCUUUACAUUUUCACAUAAUAUAUAACCUCUAAAAAAA